GUUUUUGGAUUUUUAGCCCACAUCCACUGUUGAGUCUUCAGAAUGACUUCUCUAGGCACAAAACAUCUUUAGGGCGAUGGCCUUCCAUGGGCCUAUUCUGAGUCCAUAGGGCCAAGAGGCGGGAUUGUUUAAGAUCAGUAUCGGAUACCGUCGAGAGAAGAGCAAGAAGCAGUAAUGGAUUCUUUUUCAUCACCAUCAGUUGGAUCAGGAUCCUCUAAUUUUUCGUCUUCGGAACUCAUGGACCAGGUGAAGACUCAGCUCGCCCAGGCUUAUGCCCAGGAGUUCCUCGAGACUGUUAGGGGGAAAUGUUUUGAGAAGUGCAUUACAAAACCAAGUUCAAGCCUGAGCGGUAGUGAAAGUAGCUGUAUCUCCAGGUGCGUGGACCGUUACAUAGAGGCUACUGGGAUCAUUAGCAGAGCACUUUUCAGUGCACCACACUGAAUUUAGUAGAAGAAUGUUCCAGAUUCAGAGAUUUUGCUUUCGUAGUUGUAUCAAUCUCUUAUUUUACAAUGUAACAAAUAUUUUUCUUCACAUUGAGUACUAAUUUAUGUUCAGCCAUGCAAAAUUAUGUUGCC